AUGAAGCUCACUUCCUCGUUCGUUCUUGCACUCGCCGCCGCUGCCGGCGCUACCGCAUCGCCUGUUUAUCGUCGUCAGGCCGGCGGAGCCGGCAGUGCUGCCAGCACCGCGACUGGUUCUCUUCCCAUCCCUUCAGCAGUUUCAGCCAUCUCCAGCGCUGUAGGAGGGCCAUCCUCUGCCCCCGGUGGCCCUAUGUCGAGCACUGCUUCCGCUCCUCAGCCCUCUGGCACUGGCGCCGCUGGUGCUGGUGCUGGUGCUGGAUCCGCACCCAACGCAACCAGCCCCAGCGGUGGCUCCGACACCCGCUUCAACGACACCCAAAUCCUCCAGUACGCUCUCACCCUCGAGCACCUCGAAGCCAAUUUCUACAACCAGUCCCUGUCCAAGCUCUCUGCUUCCGACUUCGAGCAGGCUGGCUACAACGCUUCGGUCCGGAAUCAGAUCUACUCCAUUGGCCGAGAUGAAGCUUCCCACGUGGAACUUCUGACCACUGCUCUUGGAGAGAACGCUGUUCCAGCCUGCACUUACAACUUCAGCUCCGUCACCGACGUUCCCUCCUUCUUGGCCACUGCUCGUGUGCUCGAGGGUGUCGGUGUGAGCGCAUACCUUGGCGCGAGUAAGAACCUUACCAACCAGACGGUUGAAACGGCUGCUAGCAUCCUUGUUGUGGAAGGACAACAUCAGUCGUAUUUGAUUGCUCAGACAGACGACGGAGGGAGUGCAGUUCCCAGCCCCUACGCCACCCCUCUGAACUUCAAGCAGGUCUACUCUCUCGCUGCACCUUUCAUCGAGUCUUGCCCCGAGAAGGCCACUCUUCCUAUCACCGCUUUCCCUGCCCUAACCCUCGCAAGCGCAUCGGGCGAGAACAAUGGAACUUUCACCCCAGGUCAGCAGGUCAACGUCACCUACGACUCUUCCAACGGCACCUCCUCUUCUGGCAACAAGUACCUCGCUGUCAUCCAGGGCAUUGCUGGACCUCAGUUCCUCCCUCUCGACUCGGGUUCCAACAGCUCCUCCACUGUCACCAUCCCCGCCAACCUCACUGGUGGCCAGAUGUACGCUGUUGUCACUAGCUCCGACAGCGGUGUGACUGACGACAACACACUUGCUGGCCCUGCGGUGGGUUACGUUUCGCUGCCCCUGCCUGAGGCUCCUGAUGCCACCAACACCUCCUCUUCCUCUUCCUCUUCCGCUUCGGCAACUGCAACUGACAGCGGUGCGACGGGUGGUGCAGGUUCAGCUCCCACCCCUACUGACGGUGUGAGCAGUGCCAGUGGUGCAGCUGCCACUGCUACUGCUAAUGGAAGCGACUCGAUUGUAUCGACCGAGAGCUCCAGCACUACUGGUUCGGCCAGCGCAAGUGGCGCCUCCAACACAAGCCAGGGCCUUGCUCCUUCGCUUGCCAGCUUGGGUAGUGCAAAACUUCCCACUCCUACUCCCUAA